CAUUUUGCACGAUAUGCGCGAGUAUAAAUGCCCCCACCCAAGUGCAGUGGAGCAUCAGACAGUUGUCAGCAUUCCCAGGAAUACAACAGCCAGCCACCUUCAAGCUUCAACAUGAAAUUCGUCAUUGUUCUCGCCUUCGCCCUGUUCGCAGUGGCCGCCGCCCGCCCCAACGCUGUGGAGAUUGUCCGCCAGAAUUCCGACGUGGGAGUUGAGAGCUACAACUACGGCCUGGAGACCAGCGACGGCACCAAGAAGGAGGAGAAGGGUGAGCUGAAGAACCUUGGACACGAGGAUGAGGCCAUCGUUGUCCACGGAUCGUACUCCUUCGUCGCCGAUGAUGGUGUCACCUACACCGUCACCUACGUUGCCGAUGAGAACGGUUUCCAGCCCUCGGGCGCCCAUUUGCCCGUUGCCCCCGCUGCCUAAACUGGACUCUUCCACACACGCACACAAUGAUGAA